AUGACGGAUGUUGUUUCAUCACACAAUCUAUGGCUACGUAGUAUGAUGCCAGAAUUUUCACAUUCAAAACAUCAAUAUCGAAAAAAUAUUCGUCGACCACUAGCACGAUUAACAAAUGAUAGAUCACCUCGAAUAACACAACGUAAAAUAAUAUUAUAUCGCAAUGGUGAUCGUUAUUCUGCUGGUAAACAAAUAAGUAUAACACCACAAAACUAUACAAAAUUUCGACAAUUAUUACAAGAAUUAUCAAAUACUAUUGAUUUACCAUAUGGUGUACGACGUUUAUUUACACCACAAAAUGGCUCAGAAAUUACUAAUGUUAAUAGUUUGAAAGAUGGUGCUUCAUAUGUUUGUGCAGCAUUUGAACCAUUUCAAAAAUUAGAAUAUGUAACUAAUUAUGUACCUUAUACAGCAUUCCAUAUUGAACAACUUCGUCAACCUUUACAUGAGUAUCCAUCAUCAAAUCGUGUAAGUGUACGUCAUUUACCAUCAAUUCCACUUUCAAAAGUAGGUGCUAUUAAUGGUCCAGCAAUACCUUCAAAUGCAGCAAAUCGUUUUCAUACAAAUAAUAUUUUUUUACAAUCACUGACAUCUUCAACUUCUAAUUCUAUUCAACAACAACAACAAAAGAAGCUUAAUUUAAAACAAAAUAAAUAUGGCUUAGAAUCAUUUCAUAGUAAACCACGUCCAAUAACUAUUAUUAAACAAGGAAAUGAAAAACCACAUAAAACUAUAACUAUUUUACUUAAUAAACGUACAGGUCAAACAUUCGAUCAACUUUUAUCAGAUAUUUCAGAAGCAUUUGGACAUCAAAAAAAUCGUUCAGAGAAAAUCAAACGGUUAUAUAAUUUAAGAGGACGACACAUCAAUGGAAUCAAUGAUUUUUUUCGUGAAGAUGAUAUAUUUAUUGCUGCAACAGCUACUAAUGAUAUUUCAUCCGAAGAAUUACAAGAAAUAAAUCUUGAAAUAGGUAAUGAUUCUCAACAAGCAACAUCACGACGAAUUCAAUUUAAAAAAGUUGUUCAAUCACCAAUUGAUCGUGAUUCAUCAAAUACACAAUUACUUACACCAGGACUUGUCUCUGUUGAUAUAAAAAAGACAAUUAACGUACGUGAUAGUGGAUUUUUAGAUGAUGAAGAUGGUCUAUCUAGUAAAGAUAAUGAUUUCCCAUCAUUUCGACAAACAAAUAAUAAUAAACAAAAUGAAAUAAACUCUCAAGAUGCACCUACACCUUAUGAUCUUAUCAAUCGAAAAUUAAAGAAAGUUUUAAAACCAACAGUUUCUACCAUUAAUAUUGAACAACAACGUGAACGUGAACGACAACGUCUACGUGAAGAAGAUGAACGUCGAAAAAAAUUACCAAUAAAAAAAGAUCAACAACAAUCAGUAUCCAUUUUCACUAUACCUAAAUUUGAGCCAUUAAUACUUGAUAUCAAUAAUAAUGAUUUAUCUCAUUCAAAUAAAAUAAAAACUCCAAUAUUAGUUAUAAAUAAACCUUUAUCGAUUGCUCCAUUACCACGUUUGAGUGUAACAAGUCAUCAUGAUGAAAAUGAAAUCAAAGAGUCAGUACCAAUACAAAAGAAACAUGUAAUUAAAAAACGAUCAUCAGUUAUACAUUCAUCUCCAGCAGUUAUUACUGAUAAAUAUGAUUUUGGUAAAAAAAUGGGUGAUGGAAAUUUUGCUAUUGUACGUCGGUCAAAAUUACGUGGAGGUGAACGAGAAUUUGCAAUUAAAGUAAUUGAUAAAUCAAAAAUGAAGGGAAAAGAAUAUAUGCUUGAUCAUGAAAUAAAUAUUAUGUAUUUAUGUAAUCAUCCAAAUAUAAUACGUUUAUUUGAAGAUUAUGAAACAGCUGAUGAAAUAUAUCUUAUUAUGGAAUUAAUUAAAGGUGGUGAUCUAUUUGAUUAUAUUACAAGACAUCGUCGUUUUGAUGAAGCAACAUCAGCAUUAAUGAUUAAAGAUGUUUCCGAAGCACUUUUAUAUUUACAUACAAAAAAGAUUGUUCAUAGAGAUUUAAAACCAGAAAAUCUAUUAGUUAUGCAAAAAAAAGAUGGACGAAUUACAAUUAAAUUAACUGAUUUUGGUUUAGCUAUGCAUGUUACGGGACCAAUUAAGACUGUUUGUGGAACACCAACUUAUGUUGCACCGGAAAUUCUUGCAGAAACAGGUUAUGGUAUAGAAGUUGAUUGUUGGGCAACUGGUAUUAUUUUAUAUAUACUUCUAUGUGGUUAUCCACCAUUUAAAACAGUUGAUCGUAAUCAAGAAGAAUUAUUUCAAAUGAUCCAACGUGGUAAAUUUACUUAUGAUCCUGAAUAUUGGGAUCCGAUUUCUCAAAGUGCAAAAGAUUUAAUCAAUCAUUUAUUAGUUGUCGAUCAACAAAAACGACUGCGUGCUGAUGAAAUUCUACUUCAUCCAUGGAUAAUGAGUACUGGUCAUACAAAACCAAUGGGUGAUACGGAAGAAUUGAAAAAUAUUUUACGUAUAAAAUAUGAAGCUAAAAUAAAAGAAUAUGCUAUGGAAAAUACUGAAAAUUAA